AUGGAGGACCUCUCGAUGGAGCAUGCUCUUCGCCGAUCGAUGCUACUGAUCCAUGGAGAACCGGAAUCUUCAGACCAUCUGCAAGACAUUCUGUUCGAUACGGCCAUCAAGUACACGCAUACCGGCUUUCGUGUCCUGUUUUUUACCUACAAACCGCUAGAAAGGGUGGCGGACAGUAUCCGCGGACAGUUUAGCGAAUUGUUUAAAAUGAUUACCUUCAUCUAUCUGCAAACGAUCGAUGCUGCGGUAAACCGCUUGCUCGAACUACAGCGCUGGACUAACUGCAUACCGGGAUUAAUUAUUUUCGAAUCGUUUGAUUUACUGACCACGUCGAAGGCAAACAACACGCCAAACAAGCUAGACUUUCAGCGUGUACUGUUUCUCUCCACGCUAGCGGAUACCGUGCGUACGAUUUCGGUAAAUCAGAAAGGAACAUGCAACUGCAUCGUAACAACGUUCAACCACGGCAGUACGAUGCCAACAGUUCCGCUUGAACUAUUCUACCGGGAACACAACGUACUCGAGCUGAAUCACGUUACGGAAUCUACGGACAUUCUUUCGUUGAUGAUGGAAAAUGAGCAUAGUAUAGACAAUAAUUUAGCAUAA